AUGCCGGUGUUUCUGAGGAAGUUAGAAAUGUAUGCCGGCCAAACACCUCGGUCAAACAUUUACGCAAAACAAGUGAUCCCCGGGUAUGCCGACGCCCACACACCCGCCAAGCUGGAGGUUCCCGUCAAGCUCGCCUACUCCCAGCAGGCGGAGGUGGAAGGGAAGGCGCACGGCGUCAUUAGCCGCCUCUGACGGUGCGCGGGCUCCUCCCCAUGAAAUAGCCUUGUCCUUGUCUCUCCCGCUUUCCCCCCUAUGCGUAUCCUUGCAGGAUAUGCUACUGCAUGGUACGCGUUUGUAUUGAUGCCUCCAGGGGGGGCGGGGGGGGGCGGGCUCCGCACACCUCAAGUGUAGAGGGAGGGGGCGGGGGCGGUUAUAACAUAGUAAGGAGUCCGGUAGUCGGAGGAAAGCACAAUGUUUCGGUUGGAUUGUAGGCACCCUUGACUGAACAUGUUGGUUUUACGGGUGAACGGGUGCAAUGGUUGUGCUUCAAAAAACUGCCGUCGGCAGCUUGUGUCUGUAUUUUGUACCAUAGUUGAUGCGGCACCUGUUUCCCAGCGGCAGCUUCGAUCGCUGGAACAUUUCAUGGAAUGAAUGAACAAUAGACGUGUUCCGCCGUAGAUCACACGGCGUUGUUUUGAAGCCAUAAGAACGUUUUUUGUGAUGUGCUGACUCCUCGUCUAGCAAAGCAUAGGAAUGAGGUGGCUCAUUUGCUCAUUUGCGCUGUACAUUAUGGGAGGAAAAAAUUCCCCGGCGUGUCCAUCACGGGUGUCUUGUGGUGUCCGCCAGGUGCACGUAGGGAAUCGUGAAUCACGCACUCCGCAGACUUUCGGCCAAAGCCAGCUGUUUUCAAGACAAGCAGAAGGCAAACAGGCCCGCUCGUAAAAAAGAGGGACCGGCAGCAAUACUUCUCGUUCCACCCUUCACCCCCUUUCGCCGAUCCCCCCCCAUGCUAGACUUAAAGUGGGUUGGCGCUGUUGGCAAAGCGCUGUAAAACAUUGCCCCCAUAGCAUGCGCUACCAAAGACGCGUGACGCAUGGAUGUGUUGAGUGAGGAUAGCUGACGGAAACCUCACGGGUUGAGUGAUGUAGGAGAUUGCCGGACACAUGACGUGUUCAGUGAUUAUAGCUGUAUACUGAAACCCCAAGGGUUGAGUGAGGUUUCAGAUUGCCAGACACAUGGACGGGUUGAGUGGGGAUAGCUGCAUACUGAAACCCACGGGUUGAGUGAUGUUGGAGUGCCGGACACACAGACGCGUUGAAUGAGGAUAUGCACAUACUGAACCUCACAGGUGAUUUGUAUUGGAGAUUGCCGGACAACUAGACGCGUUGAGUGAAGAUAGCUACUACAUACUGAAACCUCACAGAUGGAUUGGUUUUUGAGUUGCCAGACACAUUAACGCUCUGCGUGGGGAUAGCUACAUACUGAAACCUCACGAGUUGAGUGAUGUUGGAUAGUGCCGGACACAUAGACGCUUUGAGUGAGGAAAGACACAUACUGAAAUCUCACAGGUGAUUUGCAUCGGAGAUUGCCGUGCACAUAUACGUGUUGAGUGAGGAUAGCUACAUACUGAAACCUCACAGAUGGAAUGGUUUUUGAGUUUGCCAGGCAUAUAGACGCGCUGCGUUGGGAUAGCUACAUACUGAA